AAUGAAAUAAAUACAGCAUUCUAGCCAAAGAGGUGAUAAUGGGCGUUCAUGCUGCUUGUUUGGAAACUAUGGCGUGACGUCAUCAGGACCGAGAACGAAGCUGGAGCGCGCGGGAGCAACGCGAGUGAGUGAGUGAGGGGUGAAUAAUACAGACCCUCACUCUUUAUACUGUUCUUACAGCCAUGAGGCUUCCGAAAAACCCACAGAGUUCCGCCGCACUUCUUAUAGUUAUAUUUUCAGUGUUAAACACCUGCGCGAGCCGGACGCUUAACGGGAAAAGACGAAGAGCCGAUUCACCUGAGAGUGGAUUUGGGGCGAAGGAGCGUUUUCAGAUUGUUACACAACACAAUCGACUGCGCAGUCGAGUCGAGCCCAUGGCGGCGAACAUGCAGAAAAUGGAGUGGAGUGACACGCUUGCUGCACUGGCUCAGAUAAGGGCUGAGUCCUGCUCGAAGAACAGCACUGGAUCAGAAGUGGACCCCGAGCACAUCGGCUGGAACAUCCGUCAGUCCCCUCAUGGCGUCGCCUCUUACGCUGACAUCAUCAACUCGUGGUUCCAGGAAGGGCGUCACUACAUCUAUCAAAACGGAGAGUGCAAAAGCAACCACACCUGCAAGCAUUACACGCAGCUGGUGUGGGCCACGUCCAGUCAGGUGGGCUGCGCAUGGCACCUGUGCAGAGUUGGAGUCAAACACUGGGACAUGUUCGUGUGUGCAUACUUUCCUGGGGGAAACUGGGAGGUGAACGGCCGGGAGGUGAUGCCCUAUAAAUCAGGAGUAUACUGCUCUCUCUGCACGGCCUCCAUGUCGGGGUGCUUGCGGCUCUGGGACCACGUUGGAGGAUUGUGUGAGACCCCUCGAAACCCGUGUCGUAUGAGUUGUGGACAGUACGGACGGCUGAAUGUCUCCUCGUGUCAGUGUCAGUGUAGCCGUGGAUUCACGGGCCGGUUCUGUCAAGUGCGCUGUAGUGUGCAGUGUGUGCACGGCCGCUACAAGGAGGAGGAGUGCUCCUGUCUCUGUGAUGUAGGUUAUGGAGGAGCGGAGUGUGCAGAGAAACUGAGUUUCCCCCAUCACAGCUGUGACAUGCAGAUAGACGGUAAAUGUUUCAUGGUGUCCUCUGAAGCUGAGACGUACUACACGGCCAAACUGCGCUGUCAAGAAAGAGGAGGGAUUCUGGCUCAAGUGCUCAAUCAGAAGGUCCAGGAUAUCAUGACCUUUUACCUUGGGCAGCUGGAGAACACCAACGAGGUCACAGACCCCGACUUCGAGACGCGCAACUUCUGGAUAGGUUUGACGUAUAAACCACUGAAAGACUCGUUCCGCUGGGACACGGGAGAAAUCGUGAGAUUUACCAGCUUUGCUUUUGGACAGCCAGACAAUCAGGGCUUUGGGAAUUGUGUCGAGCUGCAAGCGUCCAGCGCCUUCAACUGGAACGACCAGCGCUGCAAAACUCACAACAGAUACAUCUGCCAGUUCAGUCCAGAGCAUAUUGCUCUGUGGGAGUUUGGGCGAUGAGAGCUGUGCUUGGUGACCGCUGCAGAAGAUUACCGAUCCACGGCUGCUGUUCUUCUUCUGACUGGAUGAUGUGGUUGAAGCUCAGAUGUAGGACUCCUGAUCAACGCAGCCAGUAUUGCAUAAGGAAUAAAACACGCCAAGGCAUGCUGUUAGAGGGAAAGAAUCAACGACGGGGUUGUACAGCGUUUCCAGACGUGCAGCGGAGUUGAUUUUGUUUCUGAAAUGUCAGCAUGUCCUGAAGUAUUUUAUUCCUCUUACACCACGGCAACCUGAUUGCAAUUUUUAUUUAUUAAACAUCAUGCUGUGAUUUUAUUUUAUUUUUUUAUCCGUUUAUAGUUACAUCCAACGUUGUGGAACGUCCAUGAAAUGGGUUAGUUCUUGUUUUCACUUCACAUCGUUUACGCACUGUAUUUUGAAUAGAAGCAACGUGUCUGACUUUUUAUCGUAGUUCGCCGAUACACGUCACCACUCAACACAACAGUUUGCCCCCCCCAUCCCCACCCCCACCCCC